UUCUAUAAAAACCCCCACCACUUGUUGCUGAUCACGGCAUUCAACCCAAACAAUCAACCAAGAAGAUGAGUCUCACUACCAAGGACAAGGAGACAGUCAAGGCCUUCUGGGCUAAAGUGGCUCCCAAGGCUGAAGAUAUUGGCCAGGAUGCUCUGUCCAGAAUGCUGGUGGUGUAUCCACAGACCAAGACCUACUUUGCCCACUGGAAGGACCUGAGUCCCGGCUCUGCCCCGGUGAAGAAGCACGGUGCCACAGUGAUGGGUGGAGUUGCUGAUGCUGUGGCCAAAAUUGACGACCUGACUUCCGGUCUCCUGAACCUGAGUGAGCUGCAUGCCUUCACUCUGAGAGUGGACCCUGCCAACUUUAAGAUUCUGGCACACAACAUCCUCGUGGUCUUCGCCAUCAGGUUGCCCAACGACUUCACCCCUGAGGUCCAUGUGGCUGUUGACAAGUUCUUGGCUGCUGUGGCCCGUGCCCUCUCCGAGAAGUACAGAUAAAUGUCACACUUGGAGAUGAUGAUAGACAGGAGACUACAGCCUAUAACUGUCUGAACAUAAAUAAAAGACCAAAUGCA